GGCUUUUUCCUUACGUCUCCUUUCUUUUUUUUUUUAUUUUUUUUUUACACGGCACGUUAAAGCUGGAAGGUGCUGCGCUCCCAGUAUUUGCAGACGCAAGAAAAGGAAACGCAAGACCCCAGCGUGAAGCAGGUAUGGCCAGCAAACAGCCCUCCCGGGCCCUGGCCUUCGGUUCGGCGCGCAGCAGUGCUGUAUGGAGGAGGCUUUACAGCAAAAAUGCGGCUGGGUUGGAUGAGUUUCGUGCUUGAAUAUGCUUGUUUAAGUAACCGUGGCCUUCCCCAAGAAGCUGUGCUGUAUGCUGGUUUUGAGUCAUGCGUGCGGUCAUGUGGAGAAGCCACGGUCGUGGAACUUUUGACACUGAGUACUACACGUUAUUUGCUAGAAAAUCAGCUUCUUGUUUGUGAUCUAUGUUAGGCCUGUUUUAAAGUGGGGAUUGAAGUCCAACUGUAUGGUCAAACCUGAUAUUUAAUACUUCAAUUACUUGAGCUACCUAAAUGUUAUUUUGCAACUUUAAAUGAUCGAGCUAUGCUGUUCCAGGUUUGCAUCUUUAAGAUGUUUUCUUUAUUUUCUAAUUUAAGUAGAUUUAAAAGAAUUUUAUCAUCAGUUUUAACAAAUCUGACUUGAUGACUGUUUAUGUACUUCUGCUGUUUCUGCUUGUGAAGAAAAACUGCACGCUGGCUUAAGAUUGAAAGAGGAGGAUGGGUAUCAAACUAGUGAUGACGGGCAGAAUGUGUUUAUUCAGCUGGUGCAUUUGCAAUAUGAAAUUUUGGCCUGUAGUAAAUGAUCUUAUAAUCUGAUGAAAUUAUGGUAUUAUCAUUGUUGUUAUUAUUUUCCUCUUUGCGCUUACCUGUGGUGUAGUAACUGUGCUUCAGAUAAACGGACCCAAACCGACUGUCAGUGGUCAUGCCAGCAGCCGAGAAACAAGAAUUGAACUUUGCUGCAAAAGACUGGUGUGAUGAAGCAGAUGACUGGGGAGUCUGUGAUGGAGCAGAAUCUCUUGCAUGUGCCUCCCUUCAGCUGCUUGGCUUAAAUGAAGCAACGAGCAGCUCCGUGUCUAGAGAGGUGGAGUGUGCGUCCCAAUUCCAACAGCUUUGCUUGUCUGAAGCUACAGAUGGGUCAGGUUGCCUGAAUACACAUCCUCCAGUCAGUGAGGGAAUGGUAACAGCAACAUUUGGUUCAGCUCCUGUGUUUCAGCCCUUUUACAUUAGCGUUGUGGACGAGGAAGACUACGCUGGUUUCCUUGACACGGAUCACGCAGAUAAGCUGUUGAAGGAGUAUCAGCAGAGAGAGGGUGUUGAUUUGGAACAGUUGAUGUCAGAAAGUUUUGCAGGUGAAGGUGAUAAUGAAAAAUAUGAGAAGAGUGAAGUCAAAAGCAGGGACCACACAUUCCAUAAAUUUAUGAAAAGAAUAUCUGUGUGUCGUGAACAGAUUCUAAGAUACUCUUGGGGUGGCCAGCCUUUAUUCAUAACGUGUCCUCCAGCCAACAUUAACAAUGGUAUUCCAGCCUGCAGUAACUGUGGAAGCAACAGAAUUUUUGAAUUUCAACUCAUGCCAGCGCUGGUCAGCAUGCUCCAGAGCGAUUCAGAUCUGUCAGUGGAAUUUGGAACUGUUCUAGUUUACACAUGUGAGAGAAGCUGUUGGCCAACAAAUCAUCAAACCCCUCUUGAAGAAUUUGUUUUUGUACAAGAAGACCCAGAUCAGAGAUUAGUACAGGAUGAUGGGCUUCUGGGAAGCAGCGGUGCGCCCUGUUUGUUGCCCAGCGAUUGCUCGUUAAAAGUCCGAGUUUUGGCUAAUGCCGCCUUUGCUGAUACUGGGGAUGCUGGUCCGGUGAUCGAUUGCAGUGAAAAACAAAAUGCGUUGGAGAUUGAUUUGGAUACUAUUGAUGUCAGCAAUCUCAACAGGCAGUUUUUGUUUCAAAAGAAACAUGUUGGAAGAUCAAAAUCACAGGUUGCCAAGGAAAGCGUGUUACAGUUUUAUCCAGAAGCUAAUAUUAUAGCUUACCAUGAUAGCAUCAUGAACCCUGACUAUAACGUAGAGUUCUUCCGCCAGUUUACGUUGGUUAUGAAUGCUUUGGAUAACAGAGCUGCCCGUAACCAUGUGAACAGGAUGUGUCUGGCUGCUGAUGUUCCUCUUAUAGAGAGUGGAACUGCAGGCUACCUUGGACAAGUAACGGUUAUUAAAAAGGGAGUGACAGAAUGUUAUGAAUGUCACCCUAAGCCAACUCAGAAGACUUUUCCAGGCUGCACAAUCCGAAAUACGCCAUCAGAACCUAUCCAUUGCAUUGUGUGGGCUAAGUAUUUGUUCAACCAGUUGUUUGGAGAAGAAGAUGCUGAUCAAGAAGUCUCUCCUGACAGAGCUGAUCCUGAAGCUGCCUGGGAGCCAGCAGAAGCAGAAGCCAGAGCACGAGCAUCCAAUGAAGAUGGUGAGAUUAAACGUGUUUCAACUAAGGAGUGGGCUAAAUCAACUGGAUACGAUCCAGUUAAACUUUUCACUAAGCUUUUCAAAGAUGACAUUAGAUACCUACUGACAAUGGAUAAACUGUGGAGAAAAAGAAAGCCUCCAGUGCCACUGGACUGGGCUGAGGUACAAAAUCAAGAGAAAAACAUAUCUGACCAACAAAAUGAAUCCUCAGCAGUCUUGAAGGAUCAGCAGGUUCUCGAUGUCAAGAGCUAUGCACACUUAUUUUCAAAGAGUGUUGAAACCCUGAGACUUAACCUGGCUGAGAAGGGUGAUGGAGCAGAGCUCAUAUGGGAUAAGGAUGACCCUUCUGCAAUGGAUUUUGUCACUUCUGCUGCGAACCUCAGGAUGCAUAUUUUCAGUAUGAAUAUGAAAAGCAGAUUUGAUAUCAAGUCAAUGGCAGGAAAUAUUAUCCCAGCUAUAGCUACUACUAAUGCAGUAAUAGCUGGUCUGAUAGUGCUGGAGGGUUUGAAGAUUUUAUCGGGAAAAAUAGAUCAGUGUAGAACGAUUUUUCUGAACAAGCAGCCAAAUCCCAGAAAGAAGCUAUUGGUUCCUUGUGCUUUGGAUCCACCAAAUCCUAACUGUUACGUAUGUGCAAGUAAGCCAGAGGUGACUGUGAAACUUAACGUACACAAAGUUACUGUGUUAACACUCCAGGAUAAGAUAGUGAAAGAAAAAUUUGCUAUGGUAGCACCUGAUGUACAAAUAGAUGAUGGAAAAGGAACUAUUCUUAUCUCUUCAGAAGAAGGAGAAACAGAAGCAAAUAACCACAGGAAGUUAUCAGACUUCGGCAUUCGAAAUGGCACUCGACUACAAGCAGAUGAUUUCCUCCAGGACUAUACGCUGUUAAUCAACGUGCUUCAUAGUGAAGACCUAGAAAAAGAUGUAGAAUUUGAAGUUGUUGGUGAUACCCCUGAAAAAGUUGGCCCUAAACAAUCAGAACCAACAUCCAAGAACAUUACCAAUGGUAGUGACGAUGGAGCGCAACCCUCAACAUCAACAGCUCCAGAUCAGGACGAUCUAUUGAUUGUUGAUUCUGAAGAUGAAGGUACUUCAAGCAAUGUUGAUGAUGAUAUGGAAAACAAAAGCCGCAAGAGAAAACUAGAAGAUAAAGAGUGCGUUAGUACAAAGAGAGUGCGUACUGACCAGACAGAAGAGCAAGAUGAAAUUAUAGCAUUAGACUGAACAUGCAAGUGCCCCUUGACAAAAUGAUUCGGAUAAUGUAAUACAGUAACAGCAUAUUACGUUGGGAUGUGAAAAAUGUCCAGAACUAGACUAAUUUUAAGGCCUUUGUUCCAAGCGAAUACCAAACCACUGGCUUAAAUAAUUUGUGUCCGUUUCUCUUGAUGAUAAAGCUCUUCUCUCAAUAGACUUUCAGAAGUUUUUUCAUGUUAAUUCCAUAUAUUAAAUGUAGUAAAACCAUAGUUUAUAAAUACUUACAGAUAAGUAUUUGCUUAAACAGUCAUGGGAAAAGCAUGUUAUUUUUGUGUAAAUACCUUUUAGGUAUAAUUCAAUAGGACAAAAAAACCCUACUCUCGCUUAGUAAAAGGUCAUCAUCCGAUGCCCAGAUUUUAGGUAAUUACAUUUUUAAUUUUUGCUUGAAAAAAAUAUUUUUAGCCUAGUCCUAAACAUUUUUCACACCCUGACCAAGUAAAGAAGAAAAUUCAAGAAAGCAAAUUAGUGCCAUGUUUUAGCAGUGUUCUUAAACUUCAACCGGCACUAUGUACAUUACUGUAAAACUGUUAAUUUACUCAAGUUUUUCAGCUCGUACUGCCUGGUAUGUCAAUGUAAGAAGCAAAUUUUUGUGUAUUGUUACAGUUUCAGGUUAUUUAUAUUUGAUGUUUUGUAAACUCAGAUACUACUACUAUACUGUACAUCUGACGGACCAAAUAAAUGACAUCUGAAAUACUUGCUAUAUUUGCUUGCACAGUCCAAGUUUAUGCUGACUUAUGGGAUUUUACAAUGUAUAGCCUUCAAAAAUUACUGUAUUAUUUUCAUUUUUCUAAACAUAACCUAGUAGUACAGAAAUUAAGCUUCACUUGUUUGAGGUGAAA